AUGUUCGUGCCUACAGCGAGGCGCUAUGCGCCUGGUUUCUGGAAGAAAACGAACAAAGAGCUACAACGAGCGACCAAAUUUGCUCUCAAUCUUGAAGGUCUCAGACUACCUACCGCGCCCUAUCCUAUCUUCGAUUUCGCAGACCCCGAAACUAUCACCACAUUGAAAACUAUGUCCGAUCACUCUGUUGGUGGGUUCUCUACAGCGGAACUCACACAAAUGCCGGCCGAUUCUUCCACGGACCCUCCAACGCCGGCGCAUGUGCUAUUUCAUGGCAACAUAUCUACGAAACUCCCUGCUAAUCGACCGGAUGUACAACGGACGGGCUAUGCUGCGUGGCGGAACCAAGAUCGAGGGCGAACCCUGUUUGGGGAGCUGUUUUGGAACGUGGAUUCAUACAUGUAUCUGGCCUUACGAGUGAAGAGUGACGGGAGAAAAUACUUUGUGAACAUACAGACGGACUCGAUUGUGGAAUCGGACCUCCAUCAGCAUCGAUUAUACACUAAAUACCACAAGGGCGCGGAGGGACCUGAUGAUCCUGGGCAAUGGGAGACUGUUUGGAUCAAGCUACAUGAAUUUGUCCGAACCAACCACGGCGUUGUCACAGAACCGCAGUCAGAAAUGCUUCGGCAAAAGGUAAAGAGCUUUGGAAUUGGUCUCAUUGACAGAAAACCUGGCCCAUUUGAGCUCGGAAUUGCUGCGAUGUGGGCAACUAAUCUCAACGAAAGAGGUCAGGUUGAUGGGCGCACCGGUUGGGAAGAUGGGGAUCAAGGCAGUGCAAGGUUGGCGGAAGUAACGGAGGAAAGGCUCGCACAAAAGCUUGAAGAGAAGAGAAAAAUGCCACAAGAGAAGAAAAAGCUUUAG